CUCUGUGCUGUAUAAAGACUGAGCAGGACACCUGGCCUUUGCACACUACCUGCAGAAACCAGAGAGGAUGAUGGCUGUGCAGGCCAGCAGAGUGAUGUUCCCCUUGGUGUUGAGUUUGUUUCUGGGAGCCACAUCUUCCAUUUGGCCCCUGGCCACUGCAGAGGCCUUCCAGCUGCCGCCCUGCCAGCUCAUCAACCAGACAGUGUCUCUAGAAAAGGAGGGUUGUCCCAAGUGUCACCCAGUGGAAACAACAAUCUGUAGUGGUCACUGCAUCACUAAGGACCCUGUCAUUAAGAUACCAUUCAGCAAUGUUUAUCAGCAUGUGUGCACGUACCGGAACUUACACUACAAGACAUUUGAGCUUCCUGACUGUCCACCUGGUGUGGACCCAACCGUCACCUACCCCGUGGCUCAGAGCUGCCACUGCGGCCGCUGUGCCAUGGACACGUCUGACUGUACCUUCGAGAGCCUGCAGCCCAACUUCUGCAUGAAUGACAUACCUUUCUACUACUAGUCUCAAUAGCAGCAUGAAGCACAUGCUAAACUGUGCUUACUUUCAGCAUCAACUGUUGUAAGGAUUGUCACAUUUACCACUGCAAAAUAAUUUCUUUUGUUUCUAUUUCUCUGUGCAAAUAAAAUACCCACAUUGAACA